GCGCGCGACGGCAGACAGCUUGACGUGCGGUCUUCUCCAAGUUGGAAGUGCGAGAUCCUCCGAGACUUAGUCUACUUUUACUGCAACGCCAAAGGCUUCAUAAGGUCCAUCAUGGGGAACCGGGCAGGCAGAGGGCAAGCUACCUCAGCCAACGCUACUGAAACGGCUGCUCCUGAUCAGAAGACUGAGGCAGCAGCUGCACAAGCAGCCGAGGACUCUGGGAUAACACCGACUGAGCAGGCCGUUGACACGGAGAACCUGGAUGUGGAGAUUCCGGACCAAGUGACACAAUUGGCAUGUUUCGGCGUUCAACAACUGGUGUUAAAGAGUGGAGAGGAUGAGGUUCCUGAUGCUGACCCAGAGCCUGUGGCAAAGGAAACCCCGGCUCCAGUCCUGGCUGAGCCUCUGGUCUCUGUCAGUCAAUCAUCAGCUACAGAAUCAGAACCUGUGGCUGAGCCACAACCAGUUGCUGAAGCUCAGCUUGCUCCAGAACCAGCUUCAGAGCCUGACCCUGAGCCCGUUUCCGAACCCAAGCCCGUUCCCGAACCUGAGUCCGUUUCCGUUCCCGAACCUGAGCCCGUUUCCGUUCCCGAACCUGAGUCCGUUUCCGUUCCCGAACCUGAGCCCGUUCCUGAGCCCGUUCCCGAACCCAAGCCCGUUUCCGUUCCCGAACCUGAGCCAGUUCCUGAACCUGAGCCUGUUUCCGAACCCAAGCCCGUUUCCGUUCCCGAACCUGAGUCCGUUUCCGUUCCCGAACCUGAGCCAGUUCCUGAACCUGAGCCUGUUUCCGAACCCAAGCCCGUUUCCGUUCCCGAACCUGAGCCAGUUCCCGAACCCAAGCCCGUUUCCGUUUCCGAACCCGAGUCCGUUUCCGUUCCCGAACCUGAGCCCGUUCCCGAACCUGAGCCCGUUCCCGAAUCCAAGCCCGUUUCCAUUCCUGAGCCUGUUUCCGAACCUGUGUCCGUUUCCGAACCCAAGCCCGUUCCCGAACCCAUUCCCGAACCUGAGCCCGUUUCUGAACCCGAGCCUGUUCCUGAACCAGAGGAAGAAAUUGAAGCAGUCCCUGAACCCAUUUCCGAGUCAGUACCAGCACCAACUGAGGCUAUGGAGCAGAAGAUGGACCUGUUGAGCCAAGAGUCUCUCCCUGAGCCAGCCAUUUCUUCUUCUCCUUUGAUCGACCUCGUUGACAAAACUCCGCUACCUGUUGACAUUCUUCCCUCCCCAGCUGCAGUCACUGCCCCAGUCGAUGCAGAAGUGCCCACAGACGUCCCGCUGACCGAGGAAUGCCAAGACGGUGCUGAGAUUUCUGUUAUUCCCAUAUGUGAGCCAGAAAAGAGCGAGGAGACGCCAAAGUCGGAGGAGAAAACGGCGGAUGUGGAGGCUGCAGGGAAUCUGGAGCAGCUUGUGAGUGUUGUCAACGAGGAAAGUAUUAGUGGACUGCUGGAGAACUUGGAGUUGACAGGAAAUGACCUCGUCGCUGACCUCAUUUCCACCGAUGUCAUGAUUCCUGAUGCCAUAAGCACUUCCACUGAGCUGAUGUGAAACCAACCAUGCCAGAUGAUUAAUUUAAGAAGUGAAUGGAUAAUCUUUCUGUGGAACCCUCUUAACCCCGAACAUGCAUUCUGAAAGAAUCACAGAUGCAAUGUUUUUCUCUCACUUAAGGGCAAACAUAAUUUUUUCUCUGUAAAUUACCAACAUGUGCCAAAAGUUGUAUUGGUGGAGCUUUAACAGCACAUGGGUUAUAAGUGUACAUAAGUGUCUUGCUAGACAAUGGAGAUCUUCCUCUAUGCAAAUUCACCAAGCAAGAAUUUAAAUGUUUUUUUUGAAGAGGAUAAGAAGCCAUUGCUUAAUAAUAAUGCCUUACAGAAAAAGGAUGAAGGGAUGAAUUUUGAUGACUGCGUACAAAGGGAAACGCUUUUCGAGGUGGAUACCGGGUAUGAGAGUCCGCAGCACUCCAUUGGUGAAAGCAAACCGACAGGCAAGGGACAGUAGCAAUGCAACCAAAGAGACUAUAUAUGUCCAAUAAACAUUUAUGCCUUAACAUAAUCACCUUUGGACUUCUGUAUCUUUCUUGUAUUCUAGUUCAAUGAUGGGAUCUUGUAAACUAAAGUAGUGGCUUGCUUGGGAAAAUAAAAAAUAUUCUACAUGU